AGGGUUUUAAUAUCAAGCUGUGUGUGUGACUGCCUCAAAAAUAUUGAUUGGUUCUUACACAAAUUAGGGUUUCAGUUUCAAGUCUAAGAAAAAAUGUCUGUCAAGAGAGAUAAGUAAGAAAUUGGAUAUGAUUAUUGUAGAUUAGUGCUGGUUUUGGAGUGAGAUACCUUGUGAUUUAAUAAAAAUAGAAUAGAGAAAAAAGAUCUGGUCCAAAAUUGAGCAUAAAAAAAUGAAAAGCAAAAGAUUUGGGACUUGGGAGUGAAUGAAGAAUUUGGAAAAUAAAGAGGGUGAUUGCAAAAAGCAGAAAGUUUGAAGCACAAGAGCAGAGAGGGGAAGAAGGGGUUGCAGAGAGAGAGAGGGAGAGAGAUGUCAACAGACUUGGACAGACAGAUAGAGCAGUUGAAGAGGUGUGAGCCUCUGAAGGAGUCUGAAGUGAAGGCUCUCUGCCUCAAAGCCAUGGAAAUCCUCGUCGAAGAGAGCAACGUUCAAAGGGUCGAUGCUCCUGUCACCAUAUGUGGUGAUAUUCACGGUCAGUUUUAUGACAUGAAGGAGCUUUUCAAAGUGGGAGGGGAUUGCCCCAAGACUAACUAUUUGUUCCUUGGGGAUUUUGUUGACAGAGGAUUUUACUCGGUUGAAACAUUUCUGCUUCUUCUCGCUCUUAAGGUGAGGUAUCCAGAUCGGAUAACACUCAUAAGGGGAAACCAUGAAAGCCGUCAGAUCACUCAGGUAUAUGGAUUCUAUGAUGAGUGCCUUCGAAAGUAUGGUUCAGUCAAUGUAUGGAGAUAUUGUACUGAUAUAUUCGACUACUUAAGUUUGUCGGCCUUAAUUGAAAACAAGAUUUUCAGUGUUCAUGGGGGCCUUCCUGCAAUUUCUACAUUGUAUCAGAUACGGACUAUUGAUCGGAAGCAAGAGGUACCUCAUGAUGGUGCCAUGUGUGACCUACUAUGGUCAGAUCCAGAAGAUAUUGUGGAUGGAUGGGGUCUCAGUCCCCGUGGUGCUGGUUUCUUAUUUGGUGGCAGUGUUGUUACUUCCUUUAACCACUCAAACAACAUUGAUUAUAUAUGCCGUGCUCAUCAGUUGGUGAUGGAAGGAUAUAAAUGGAUGUUCAAUAAUCAGAUAGUUACCGUCUGGUCAGCUCCAAAUUAUUGCUAUAGAUGUGGUAAUGUAGCUGCAAUUCUUGAGUUGGAUGGAAAUCUGAAUAAGCAGUUCCGGGUGUUUGAAGCUGCUCCACAGGAAUCAAGAGGGACACCUGCAAAGAAACCAGCACCAGAUUACUUCCUAUGAAGGUUAUUUUUUUUUUUUUCCAUUAUCGAAAUGCUCAUAUUGGUGUUGGGAGACUUGAAUCAAGGAGAUCAUUUCUGACUCGGGAGGAAUCAAUGAAGGGAAAAUCGGUUGUGCUGGCAGGAAUUCUGCAUCCCAUUGGUCUGCUUCGCCCAUCUUUAGUGUUAUAGCAGUAUUGUGAAUUAGUAUGUGAUUUGCAAUAUGUUAUUACUGCCUUUGUUCAUUCAAAACUGUGAUGGACAGAGGGUUUAGAGGGAAAUGAUGUUUUGCAUAUAUGAAAACUUGAUUACAAAGGAUUCAAUCGGAUUGGAACAGGGAAUAUUGGGAAUUAACUUUCCAAAUAUAUAAUCCGUGGAAAAAAAACCCCACUAGUUGAUUUUUGAUUAUCAUGGUUGCCAAUGUUACACCUGGAGGUUGGUACUAAAAUCUUCCCUUGCUUGAAUUUGACAUUGAAGGUUCACUUGCUACUGAAAAGGAUCCUUUUUCUAGUGAAA